GAAAAAUAUAAACCCAGGGCUUAUAUUAGUGCGUUUAAUAUUCAAAUUAAAAUCCCUCUAAUAUUACAUAAAAUAUUUAAAGUGUGCCGUUCUUAUUUUUUUGUUUUUUACAUUCAACCCUUCUCGUUCAUCGACCAUAAUUGUUUUCAAAAAUAUUUAGCACUUACAUUAAGCUUAAAAACAAAAAUUCGUUCCUUUUUACUUCUCCUAACUUUAUGAAAAAAAUUUUUCUAAUUUAUCUUUGUGAACCAAAAUAUUUUUUUUCAACAGCUUUUUGGACUAUUGCCUUCUUUUUACUUUCCUAUUUUCGCUUAUUAGUUCCGCGCCAAUAGUCCUCCGUUCUCUAACUUGUUCUCUCCCGCUUCGCCGCUUCCUUUUGAACAUUUAUAUACCUCCAUUAUACUUUGUUUUGCUUUUAACAUAAAAAUAUUUAUCCGCUUAUAGUCUAAACCUGAGGGCAUUAAUGUAGAAAAGGUUAAAAAUAAUAUUUUUGUUAAAUUAGGCUAAAAAAAUGACGUUUCUUGGAGGUCCCCCAUUAGCAUAAAAAAGUGAAAUUGAAAAAAAAAUUUGGAGGGUUUUGUCGUGGUUCCUUUUAACUUUCUUAUAUUAAAAUACCUAGUGCCUUUCUAUUCAUUAAUUUUUUCUUUCAAUUGCUUUAAAACUUAAUUGUAGACAAUUCAAGUAAGCACAAAAACCGCUUUUUGUGCUUAUUUGAAUAAUUAAUUGCAUGAAAAUAAAAAAAGAAUAAGCAGCUGAAAAGCAUUUUUUAAAUAGUUUGCAAUUAAAUAUUUUUUCUUCCUUUUUUUUCAGCUGUUCUUAAUUCUUUCAAUAAUUAAGGAAACGAUUAAAAAAUUCAUUUUUUAUUAUUCUUAUAAAUUUCUAUUCAAAAUAAAAAUGAGUCCGCCUUGGCAACUUUUGAUUAUCCUUGUAUUGGCUGAUUAUUCACAUAGAAAGGCUUUUGCAAAACGGAGAAAAUGCCCAGGUUCCCUGUCGGAAGACAAAAUAAUUGCAGAACUCUUUAGAAAUUAUACAAAAAAAUUGCCGGAAAGUGAUGAACAAGAUGAAAGUGUACAUGUUCAAAUUGAGAUGCAUGUGCAGGAUAUGGGCUCUUUAAAUGAAAUUACUGCAGAUUUUGAAAUUGACAUUUUGUUUACUCAACUUUGGCAUGAUCCAUCACUUUCUUUUUUAAAUUUAAGUAGUCAAUGUGUUAGAAAUAUAACAAUGGAAUCUCGUUACCUUAAAGAUAUAUGGACACCUAAUACGAAAACGUCAGUGCAUGCAUCGCCUACAGACAACAUUAUGUUUAUCCUGUAUGAAAAUGGAACUGUUUGGAUAAACCAUCGGCUGAGUGUCAAAGCGCCCUGUAACCUAGAUCUUCGUACUUUUCCUUUUGAUACACAAAAUUGCGUGCUUCUGUUUGAAUCAUAUUCCCACAACAGUGAAGAAGUAACUUUGCAUUGGAUGGCUGAACCAAUAACUCUAAUGAAGCAAAUAACUCUGCCUGAUUUUGAUAUGAUUCAAUUUAACCCAAAAGGGAGGGCAUUGCUUUACCCAAACGGAAGAUGGAGCCAAUUAGAAGUUGGAUUUACAUUUAAACGUCGUUAUGGUUUUUAUAUUCUACAGGCUUAUGUGCCCACUUAUUUAACAAUAAUUGUUUCUUGGGUGGGCUUUUGUAUGGAACCCAAAGCAUUGCCUGCUAGAACAACUUUCGGAAAUAUUCACAAAAAUCUUCCAAGAGUAAGCUAUGUAAAGGCAAUGGAUGUCUGGAUGUUAUCCUGUAUUUCAUUUGUAUUUGGUACGAUGAUCGAAUUGGCUAUUGUCUGUUAUAUUACAAGAUGUCAAAAUUCAAAAAAAGCUAAAGCAAAAGCCAUCACUAGAAGAGCUUCAAUGGCCCCUCCUCCUGAACUUGUCAGAUUUGAUGCACCUGCAAGUCAAUGUAGUAGUGUUCGUUUGCAUGCACUGCCCAUGCGAAAUGGUUCUGUAGCACUUCAAAGACGGGUUUCUAAUUGCUCAAGUCUUGGCCCAUUACUCUUUAAUAGAAGAAAAAAAUGGUGUAGCACAAAAAAUAAAGGAAAUGGUGAAUGUACUGGAGGUGUUGAUGGAACAACAAAAUUAAUUAAAGAAGAAGAACAACGUCCAUUAAAAUUAAUAUUGCCUAGAAGUGAAGGAACUAGAGAUUUGAGGAGAGUUUCUAAUGCUAAAAGUGAAUCAGCAAAUAGUUCAAGUUUUGGGGACCAAUUUUCUUUUCCUGAGCUUCAUUCACCAAUCAUUUCGCCUUCAAGUCGUAAUGCUCAUUAUAUGUCGUUUGGAAAAGGUUUGUCAUUAACUGACGAAAAUUGGCCGGUUGUACAACCUGAAAGUAUUGACAAGCUGUCGAUAGUUAUAUUUCCUUUAACUUUUACACUUUUCAAUUUAAUUUAUUGGUGGCAUUAUCUUUUUUCUAUGAGUGGGCAAUUCAAUGGUGGAACUCAAAACAAUCCUUCCUCAUCAUCUUUAGGCUUAUCUCCGCCAAUAGCAAGCCUCAAACCCUGAACGUUUAUUAAUUGUGAUUUAUUUAUUGUACAAUAUGUUUAACUCGCAUACUUUCUUGCUGCUUUUUACAUUUUUUAGAAUUUUGCUUCAACGUUUUCUUUU